ACAUCCACCAUGCCAGCCCUCCACACAGCCCGGCACGCGUUUCGAAGCCCACCGCUGACAGAAGCGCAAGUAGUUCGUUUCCACAAACUGGCCGACACGAGCGUGGCGAAGUUGGUUCGUCAUGCAGAGUUGCAAGACACCUCGAUUGCGUGGACUCGGGACAAAGCGCCGGUUCAUGGUGUGGAAAUGUUCAAAGGCACGGAUGCACUCGCACCACAAAGCACUCGCACAGCCGCGUGGACGACCGAGUUGUUUGGGACCAUCGACGAUGUCGCGGGAAUGUACAAGACAGAUAUUGCCGAUACAGAUGACCACCGCGCGUGCCAGGCCCCGCACCAGUUCCAAGCCGUCGAUGGUCUGCGCCUCUACUGCCUCGACAACACAUCGCGUCAAUACAUUGGCGUUCAUUACGUUGUGACGGAGCUUCCAAGCUUCAUGAACUUGAAGAACAAGUCGAUCGUUAAGCGGCGUGACUGGUGCUUCCUCGAGACGCAUACCCACUUUACUCUGGACGAUGGGAGGCGCGGCUGGGCGCGGGCGUUCGUGUCGAUCGCAUUGUCGUGCUGCCCUGACGUUGGGGUCGCCAUGGACAUUCUGCGAGGGAACAUUCUUUGCGGAGGGUUCAUCUUUGUCGAGAGCCCCGCCAAGCCAGACUACGUCCACGUGACCCAAUUGCUGCAAGUUGACUUCAACGGCAAACUGCACGGCCACGCGCUUGGGGAUUUCGUCGUCAAGUUGGACUUCCAGCGUCGUGCCAAAGCGAUGGCGACGAUGGACGCCCUUCUGCGAGGGUACCGACUCGGUCUGGCGCCGCUUCCAUCCGCUGUUGCACUGACGCCGCGGUCGACGAGACAUUCAUGUUGUCACUGCCGCACCAAGUUUGGACUCCUCGUUCCAAGCGACCACUGCCGAAAGUGCGGUCUUCUUCUGUGCUUCAAAUGCACCAAGGUGUGGACUCUGCGAGGCCAUGGCAGUUGCCCCGCGGUGGCCGUGCGGGUGUGUAAAAUAUGCUCACUCGGCCGACGUGUCCACCGUGAUGACACUGCAACGCCACGAAGUCAAGGAUGGCCAGGUGGAAGUUAUCGCGAUCGAAGCGCGAGCUUGGGCGUCCUGGAGAAGACUCGACAACUUGGCGACUUUGCCAUUGCUCGGACACCGACCUCUGGACGCAAACGAUGCCAUCCCCUUCAUAGCAUCCCGUCGGGUCGUCCAAGUGGCACCAUGACCGUUCGAAUGUCCAUGGAUCAAAGCUACUCCAUUUGGUCGCCGCUCCGCAAGUCGAUGGACACGGCUCAUCCCGAUGCGUUUUCGAGGCACUACCUCGAUUCAGCUGUCGCUUAGCCUACACGCCUCGGAAAACAAAUAUAAGUUAUUGUUGCA